AUGAGUGCGUCUGCAGGGACGGGGGUGUUCCUCCUCUCCUUGAUGUCCAUCCCCACCUGCUUUUUGUUCAACUACUUCAUUUACAGCAACAGUGCUGAUGCUUUCUUCUUCGCUGGGUGUACCACAGUCCUCAUCCUGGCAAUGCCAGCUUAUUCUAUGAUCAUGAAGAAAGCUCCCAAAGAUCCUCUUUUCUAUGUGUACGCUGUGUAUGCAUUCCUCAGUGUGGUGAACCUGAUCAUUGGGCUGGAGAACGACAACAUCAUUGAUGGAUUUGUGACGUUUUACCUCAAACAGGCAGAUCCACAUAUUAACACAGCUCAUGGGCACAUGAUCUCCUAUUGGGACGGCUGUGUGCACUAUCCCAUAUAUCUUCUCAUGAUUGCUGCCAUUGCUUGGGGGGACAGCUACCGAGACUUCGGACUCUACUGGGUGGGAUCUUUUCUCAUGCGUGCCGUAGUUUACAUUCUUGGGAAUGCUGUGGGGAAAUACGAGACCCAUGUUGGUCCUCUCUUCCUUCUCCACAUGUUGUACAUCUCAGUGUCCGUCUGGGCCUGUUUGCGUGUCCUCAGCCAGCCCUCCAUCCACGACGUUCAGACGACAAACAUACAGGAGGCUCAAAGAAAAAGUUUACUCCGCAGACCUCUGGAUUUACUCUUCAUUAUCUACCUCAUCCCUGCCUGGGCUUUCUGCGUCUUCAGAGGCCUGGUCGCUCUGGACUGUUCCAGCAAAUGUUGUCGAGACUACACUCAACUGUAUGAACCUUACUUGAAAGACCCUUCAGCUUAUCCUAAAAUCCAGAUGCUGGUGAGCUUGCUGUACUCUGGUCCGUACUACAUCCUUGCUCUCUAUGGGCUGUUGGUCCCAGGAUGUGAGUGGAUGCCAGAUCUGACUCUCGUCCACUCCGGAGCAGUGGCACAGGCUCAGUUCUGUCAUAUUGGAGCGUCUCUCCACACACGGACACCGUUCUCCUACAGAGUGCCUGCUGACAGCCAGAUGUUAUUUUUGCUGAUCAAUGUCCUGUAUGCUGUGGUGCCUCAGGCUCUGUGCUACCGCUGCUGCACCAGGCCGGACUUCUUUCUCAGGCCAACGCCAGAGAAGAAGAAGAAGAGGUGUCAGUGA